AUGAAAAUUGUUCUCUCUUUCUUCGCGACUGCCUGGUGGCUACUCGGUACUUCCAAUGCUGGAUGGAUUGUCGGUCAGCCCGUGCCAACGACCAGUGGCCUUGUCAUAGGCCACGCAGCGGCCGACGCAUCUGAGGUCUCCGAGUAUGUCGGGAUUCCAUAUGCCCAACCACCACUAGGAAACCUCCGUUUUCAACCUCCCGUGGCAUAUCACGGGGACGGGAAUAUCAACGCAACCACCUUUGGCCCGAGCUGUAUCCAGCCUCCAUCCGCACCAAGCAACAACUCCACCAGUGCGCCACCUCGGGAUCUUGGUAUUCCGCCUACAUCUCCUGCAGCUUUCACGAGUGACGAACACGCGGAGAGCGAGGAUUGUUUGACAUUGAACGUCUGGACGAAGCCGCAGGCCGGAGAGAAGAAGAAAGCUGUGUUGGUCUGGAUCUAUGGAGGGGCAUAUGUGUCUGGCAGCUCUAGCCAACCCGGCUACCGAGGGCAAUUCAUCGCGGAUCAGACCGACGUUAUCGUGGUCUCGAUGAACUACCGGGUGAACAUUUUCGGCUUCCCGGGUGACCCAGCCAGCCCCGCCAAUCUCGGGCUCAGGGACGUUCGCCUGGCCUUGGAAUGGAUCCGGGACAAUAUUGCACAGUUCGGCGGUGAUCCCGCGCGCAUCACCAUAUUCGGACAAUCUGCUGGCGCGGGCAUGGAAUCCAACGACCGGUGGUUCCAUGUCACCCGCUUAGUCGGUUGCGGAGACACGACCUCCGACCCAGAAGCUGUCAGCACCUGUAUGCUCAACCGGACCGUGGACGAAAUCCUGGCAGGAUACGACCCGGCUACGGUUCCCCUCAACCCGUCUCCGUAUGGACCCGUCGUCGACCACGAUGUGGUCUUCUCAAGCUACCUCGACCGUCGCGCGGCCAACGGGGGGUAUCUGAUCGGUAACACGCAUAACGAGGCCGGUCUAUUCAAGCUCUUGCAGCCUCCCCAAACGGAGGCGUACUGGAACGACUUCAACGAUCGCCUAUAUACCUGUGCUGACAGGGUCCGAAUUGAGCAGUCCGUCGCGGACGGCAAUCCAACCUGGAGGUACCGAUAUUUUGGCGAUUUCCCUAACUUGGUUCUUACAACGACCCCGCCGAGCGGUGCCUACCAUGGCGUUGAGCUCGGCCCACUGUUUGACACAGUGAACCAGACGUUGCUGGAGAGCACCGCGGCAGAGGUCGCUGUCGGUGAUUACCUGCGUGAAGUUUGGUCGAGUUUUGCGAAAGACCCACGGCGGGGGCUGGCGGCAUUUUGGCCGCAGUAUACCGAGAUGAGGAGGACUUUGGCUCGGAUUGGGUUUAAUAAUAUGACGAUGAGCUUGGGGCCUGGUGGAAUGUAUGAUCAUGUUUGUCGCUGGGGUUACGACGGAGUCAGUGCCCCGGCUGUUCUGGAAUCGGUCCAUUAG